AUGGCAGUCAUUGAGGAGCUCGAUGAGGCCAUUCAGGAGACUGAGCACAAGGCUGCCUACAUCUACAACCCUGACGAGGAUGAGCUAGAUGGCUCAAGCAGGCCAUCUAAACGUCGCAAGGUCUCCAAAAAGCAAGAUCGAACUGCUUUCAAUGGCGUGCCAGAUUCAAAGUCUGGGAGGUACGCGGAUGGGCCACGACACUUCCCCCCCCUGCUUGACGGUGCCGAGGAUGAGGUUCUCGUCCGGAUACGACAGGACUUAUUCGAGCAGCCGUGGGGUCUGAUAGAAGAUCGCAUCAAAAAAGUACUCCGGGAUGCCAAUCACAAGACCUUGGACGAGGUCGCCGGCUACCUCCAGACAGCAGCGGAAGAAAUCCCGAGCAACAAGAUCCCCACGGCAUUCAUCAUCACUGGAGCAAGUAUAGCGUCACAAGAUCUGCUCUUCGAGCAGCUUUCAGAAACUCUCCAGACCCAAGCAGAAUCCCUCGUGGUUCGCCUUCGGUCUAGCGACGUCUCCAAUUUGAGAUCUACACUCACCAAGAUUAUCCAGAGUGCCACUUCAAAAGGGGCCCCUGACGAUGAGGACCAGGAAUUGACCACAUCACGAGAUGGGCGCAAGUUCCUCAAAUAUGACCUUGAGGCGCUGCAUGUUCAGUUGAGAAACCACGAGCGUCGCAAUGUCGUAAUAGUCUUCCAGGACAGUGAGGGUUUCGACGGCGGCCUCUUAUCUGACUUGAUCAUGCUGUUUCAUUCUUGGCUCGAUCGCAUCCCUUUCGCCCUGGUUUUCGGAGUCGCCACGUCAGUCGAGCUAUUGCAAGCACGUCUAUUGAAGUCCACGUGCAGAUAUCUUCAUGGCGCCCAAUUCGACGUCGAACAGUCAGCGUCGAUUGUCAAUCGCAUUUUCAAGACUGCUAUAUGUCACGCUGAUCUCCCCCUGCGAUUUGGCCCCUCCACAACCCAGGCCUUACUUGAUCGUCAGCGAGAUCAAGUUGCGGGCAUGUCUGUAUUCGUUGAGUCUCUCAAGUAUCUGCACAUGUGUCACUACUACGCGAAUCCAUUGUCCUUUUUGCUUCAGGAAGAUGUCAACACGGGCUUGUUGAAGCAGGAGCAUUUCGAUAUGCUGCGAUCCUUGAGCUCAUUCCGACAUAUUGUGGAGACUGCUGUCGGCAACGGAGACAGCACGCACGCGAAGAAGCUGUUGGUUGACGAUAGCUACUUGUCCUCAUUCGUGGCGGAAACUAUGCACUCGCUACGCGCCUGGCGCAUCAAGCUGCUGCGCACGGUCAAAAUUCUGGAACACAUUCAGGAUGGCGAACAUGGCUUCACCGAGCUCUACUUGGAUGCUCUGUCACAAGGCUCAAGGCCGGAUGCCAAGGAUUCAACUUCUCUAGGUUCCAUCGAGCGGCUUGAUCCAGGCCAGGCGAUUGACUUGUCGAACAGAUUAUUGCGCGUAAUUCAGGAAGGCGACGAGGCGCUCGGGCUGGAAGGCUGGGCGGGUGAUGAGCAGAGCAUGGUGCAGCUGCUGGAGUCGGCAUCGCUGGGUAUCCAGGGUCUCCAGUCGAGAGCUCAAGCGAACGGCCACGCGCUCCGUAGCAAGCACAGCAGCCAAGCCAAGGUCCUGCGGACGACCGUGGUUGCGCAGAAGGUCCAGCUCAGUCACGACACGGCGACACUGACGGACGAAGACAAUGAGUACACAGAGCUGCUCCGGCGCCUGAAUACCGAACUUAGUGCUCUGGUGCACAUCGACGCCGCCGAAGACCUACCUUUCCAUGAGAUAUGGCUCUACGACACGAAAUCGCCCCACAAGGACGUUUUCGUCCCGCGACCCCGUACCGUCAUCGAGCGCGCUUUGUCACAGCCACAUGAUUAUCUGGGCUGCUCAUGCUGCAAGUCCGGAGAUGGGCAGCUCGCACCCAGUCUUCCCGCCACCGCAAUCGUCUAUCAGUUGUACCUGGAGACUGGGUCGCUCAUCAACGUGGCCGAUCUGUGGUCGGCUUACCUCGCUAUUGUUGGCGAAGACAAUGAAGGUGGUCUGGACGAGCGCACGGCCCUCGUCUUGUUCUAUCGCGCGCUGGCAGAGCUCAAGACCAUGGGGUUUGUCAAGCAAACGCGCAAAAAAGCCGACCACAUUGCCAAGCUGGCUUGGAAGGGCUUGUAG